AUGGACAUGAGCGUGGAGAACUGUUUCUUCUUUCCGCAAGCACCAGCGCGGGUUGUAUUCAGCAUAGGGUCCCACGACACAGCGGUGGAGUCGUUGUCCCUUGCACUGCAUCACGGAGCAAUGCCAAGCGCCCAUGCAAAUGUGGCAUCGAUAUCCGUCAUAUCCCACCUAGGGACUGAACUGGAGCUACAGGGUCACGUUGAUGGAAGUCUGCAUUUGCUGCAUUACCAAGAUCGCAGAGUGUUGCUUCGCUACGACCUGCCCAAGAACACAGACCCGAUCACACAAGUUUCGUUGCACGUUGCGGAAUCAAGACUUGAAAUUGUCGUUCUCCUUCGCAGUGGCAAACUCUUGUCGGUCGAAGGACUAUGCGUGGAUGACAUUCUCCUCCAAUCCCCACCCGUUCCCAUGUCGACAUACUAA